CUUUUACCCCUCGACCAAAAGGAAAAAGUAAAAAAAAAAAAAAAUCUGGAAUUAUUCUGUGAUCUUCGCGGCCCUCAACAUUCCUUGUGACAUCCUCGACUUUCUUUUUAUAGACCGUUCCUCAUUCGUUACACUCUCUUUAGUGCUUUCGGGUUGCGCUAUUUUUCACUUGUUCCCUGUUUUCCUUUUCGGGCUCUUUGACGGUCGAACGAACGCAUGCCACGACCUAAAACGCUUCCACUCACUGAAGAGUGGACUGAUCCCGAUGCCUACGUCGACGCCCUCCUGUCCUUCGCUACCUCAUCCGACAUCUUCCGCCACCUUUGCGGCGGCGUGCAUAUCUUAGACUUUCUGACGCGCGAACCGGAUCUCUAUACGUCGCUUCUUCCGGAGCAUUGGCGGGCGUUCUUUGAACAUCAUGAUAUCCAGGACCUUCUCGACUUGUUUCUGAGGGAAGAUCUCCAGCCGCUCUUAGACCAGAGCAGGGACCUCGCGGCAGAUGGAGGCAAUCCGAGUGCACGACAGGAAUGGAGGGGAGCUCCCUUACCUCCAACAGAUCUCUUAGAGUACCUCCAGCAGAUCCGACGUCUUACUUUGGGUAGAGAUUUCCGGCCCCCACAACCUGGGAAACCAACGAUACCGAAACACAUUGCCGUGGGGAUGAAUGUCAAGAAGUACCAUGAGGUAGCACACUUUUCGAGAUAUGUCGAUUCCCUGUGCGCAACAGUGGAUGAGCAGCGGGGUGACAACAUAACCCACGUCGUGGAUUUCGGGUCGGGUCAAAGCUAUCUUGGACGGACGCUUGCUAGCCCUCCAUAUAAUCGGCACAUUGUCGCUAUUGAAAGAAAACACCAAUUCAUCAAUGGAGCGAAGGAUUUUGAUAUAUUUGCGAAACUAAAGGAAAAGAAAAAGAUUAGACUAUAUAAUAAGAAGGCCGCCUGUAAAUAUUGCGAGGAACCAGAAAGAACCGUGCCGAUAAACGAGAAUGCGUCCGCUCGCGAGUCAGAAGGACUGGAGAAUGUAACGGCUGAGGAAAGUGCAAAGCAAGACGUGGACGAGGAGGACGUUGCCAUGAUAAAUGUCUUCCGUGACAUCAGUAUCGCGCCCGAUGAGAUCGGCUCGGCUCCGCAUAAGAACGAUCCCAUUAAGAAAGCGAUGGCCUUGGCGGCUAAGAAACAGCAGUCCAAUCAGCCGAGGGGUACGAUGGAUUAUAUUGAACAUGAUAUUAAGGAUGGGUACCUAGAGCCCAUCAUAAAGGACGUGAUUGAGCCGCCGCCUGUUGCACCCACCGAAAGCUCAAUGAGCGCCGAGCAGGAAAGCAAUGGAAAACCGAAUGAUGCCCGUGUUAUGGUUGUUUCCUUACAUUCCUGCGGAAAUCUCCUUCAUCAUGGUGUUCAAUCCUUGGUUCUGAACCCGUCCGUGAAAGCCAUUGCCAUGAUUGGUUGCUGCUAUAACCUGGUGACUGAAAGACUCGGUCCUGCUACGUACAAGCUUCCUAUUCUUCGAACCACACACCCUCGCCUGACCAAGGAUGCCAUCGCGUAUGAUCCGCACGGCUUUCCGAUGUCGAAACGUCUGGAAGACUACGAGCAUGACAGCGGAAGAGGCGUGAAGCUGAACAUUACCGCAAGGUCGAUGUCCCUUCAGGCACCCUACAACUGGGGCAGGGAAGACAGCGAGAACUUCUUCACCCGGCACUUCUAUCGGUCACUCCUCCAGAAAGUCCUGGUGGACCGUGGGGUUGUGGCAAAGCCUUCCAUCCCGAAAGAAUUGUACGGCGCCGAGUCUUUGGACUCGAGUGAAGCGGGUAACCCUCUCAUUGUCGGCUCCUUGCGAAAGUCCGCUUUCGCUUCCUUUCCUGCAUAUGCUCGCGCUGCCGUGGUGAAGCUCAGCCGGGAUCCUCAUAACGGCGAGAAAGUGAAAGCAGGCAUGUCGGACAUUACCGAGGAGGAGCUAAAUGACUACGCGGAAAAGUACUGGCACACGAAGAAGUACCUCAGCAUCGUUUGGAGCUUAAUGGCGUAUAGUUGCUCUUUGGUUGAGGCCAUUAUCGUGGUUGACCGAUGGCAAUUCCUGCGUGAACAUGACAGUGUCAAGGACUGUUGGGUUGAGCCCGUCUUCGAUUAUAGUGAAAGUCCAAGGAACCUGGCCGUCAUCGGUAUUAAGAAGUGAGAUUGUUGGAUCUUAAUCAAUAAAGUUCCUGGUUACACAAGUGUGUCUCGUGCGGUUCAAACCCUAUCAGGCUAUGCUUACUAUUCCUCAAAAUCACUGGAACGAUGGGCUUUAUCAUUUGUUUCUCUUCAGCUCACUACCAUUUGCAAUGACUUUCAUGGCACUGAUAUCUCAUCACGGCUACCCUACUUCCCCCUCUCGAUACCGUCCCUUUCCUCUUUUAUAUCCUCUCCCCCAUCUUUACAUCUUCCUGCACAUAAGACUUCCGCAUCAAAACUAAUCGGGUCAUUAGACUACUGGCUUGAAUUGAAUACAGAUACACCAAAAAGAUAUAGCGAGAGAAGAAGCUCAGAAUGCUGCCAGAAAGCGAAUCAGAUGAUGAUUAGAUACUGGAACUCGACUACUUGAACCUAGCAGGGUUAGGCAU